AUGAAGGAGAACAGGUCCAUGUGUCAGGUGGAGCAGCUGCCCUGUGCAUGCCUGCUGGACUCAGCCACCGGCUGCCACCGGCAAACCCACACCUGCAGUGCCACGGGAGCCCCAGUGAGACACAGAGCCAACGGUGCGGUCGGCGCCUUGUGCAACAGUCCCAACUGCGUGGUCGCCACUAGGCUGGAGGGCUCAGACCAGGGACAGAGCAGGGUGGGGAGGGUACUAGUCACUGGAGGGGCUGGAUACUUUGGAUUCAGGCUGGGUCGAGCUUUGGCAAGCCAAGGUACCUCGGUCAUAUUGCUGGAUCUCCACAAGCCUCCUUGGGAUAUCCCAGAUGGAGCGGUCUUCUAUCAGAGUGAUAUCCGUGAUUAUGAUGCCCUGUAUAAGAUCUGUGCAGGAGUGGACACCAUAUUUCACACUGCUUCUUACGGGAUGUCCGGUCCUGAACAGCUGAGGAGAAAGCAGAUUGAAUCAGUCAAUGUUGGCGGCACAAACAAUGUCAUAAACGUCUGUACAGAGCGAGGCAUCUUCAGACUGAUCUAUACCAGCACAGUGAAUGUGGCAUUUACAGGCAGGCCCAUCGAGGAAGGAGAUGAAGAUUCAGUUCCUUGCGUGCCACUGGACAUGCACAUAGACCAUUACUCCAGGACUAAAGCUAUCGCCGACCGCAUGGUGCUCGCUGCCAACGGAAGAUCAGUAAAAGGUGGUGGUCUUCUCCGCACAUGUGCGCUGCGUCCAUCUGGUAUCUACGGUCCUGAAGAGAGGAGACAUUUACAUAGGGUGAUGGUGAAUGUGGAGAGGAGGUUGUUCAGCUUUUGCUUUGGGGAUCCUAAUGCCAAGAUGAACUGGGUCCAUGUAGAUAAUCUGGUUAUGGCUCAUGCUUUAGCAGCAGAAGGACUGACUGCAAAAAGGAACUUUGUGGCGAGUGGACAGGCUUACUUUAUCAAUGAUGGGGAGUCUGUCAAUGUUUUUGAGUGGUUGACGCCUCUGUUUGAAAGACUGGGCUACAAUCGACCACUGAUCCACCUUCCUGUAUCUCUGGUCUACUCAGCAGCAAUUCUCAUGGAGCGAUUGCAUGUGGCUCUGAAUCCUAUAGUGGAAAUUCCAUUGCUUCUGACAAGAAAUGAGGUGAGAAACAUCGCUGUCAGCCACACCUUUAAGAUCGAGAAGGCACGGCGAGACCUUGGCUUCUGUCCUCUGAAGUACAGUCUGACCGAAUCGGUGGAUCAGUAUCUAUGGAACCGGCCGUCGUGCUCUGCUGCGUCUCUUCUGAACACACAGUACCUCUUCCUGCUGCUCCUGCUGCUUCUGAUCGGAUUCAUCAUGAUCAUGAUUUGCUCUGCGAGGUUGGAUUACUAA